CAAAGGGGAGUGCACAAGACUAAGUCCAGUCCAGACACUUGUUAUUUUAUUUUAUUUUUGCUACUUGCUGUCUUUUUAAGAAAUCUAUACAUCUUUCAAUAUGGAUCCUAAUGCUUCAUCUGUUCAUCCCUCACCAAUGCCUCUCAGUAUAAAAGCUACCCAAGUCAAGUUGGUCUUACUAGGAGAAUCCGCUGUGGGCAAAUCUAGUCUUGUAAUUCAAUUUGUACAGCAAGGUUAUGUAGAGAACCGAGAACCCACCAUCGGAGCUGCCUUCUUAACCAAGAAGUAUCAGACCGGUGAGCAAUCCAUCAAAUUCGAGAUUUGGGACACUGCUGGCCAAGAGCGGUUCCAUUCGCUCGCACCCAUGUAUUAUCGUAAUGCACAGGCUGCUAUUGUUGUAUAUGAUAUCACAAAAGCAGCAUCUUUGGAUAAGGCCAAGACAUGGGUAAAAGAAUUGCAGCGUCAGGCGAGCUCAGACAUCGUGAUUGCCCUAGUGGGCAAUAAAUUAGAUCUUGUACAGGAGGAUGAACACGAGCGUCAAGUGCUAGCUGAAGAUGCACAGGCUUAUGCUGAAGAAGGCAAUCUGUUGUUCUAUGAGACAAGUGCCAAAACUUCCGAAAAUGUCGAUGCUGUAUUUGGUGCCAUUGCUAAUCAAAUCCCUGCUCCCCAUGUCAGCAAAGCUCUUUCUGGUGGUCGCAGUCUUAACGGUCCCAAUGGAAGCUUCAAUCUCAUGGAGGCCCCCAAAGAUACAGCAUCAGGAUGUGCUUGUUAAAGAUAGACAGCUAGACAAUCAUGCCAAACUCUUCUUACAUCCAAACAGUCACUACCAUUUCUUUCUUUUCCCUUCCUUUCCUUUCCUUUCAUUUUUGUUUCUCCAUGUUUCAACAGUUCAAAAAUAUAUUUCCAAAUACAACCCUC